AAUAAUUUGAGAUAACGAUACAAUCUCUGCAGUAAUUCCUUGGUUUGUUCCAACAGAAUGCUGACGAUAUUUUUAGUGACCCUCCUCCUGAACGAAGGUCGAGUCAAAGCUGAAGUUACGAGAACUGUAGAAAGUGAAGCCUCCUUGGCUGUAGACGAUGCCUACACAACCGCUUCAUGCCCUGUUGGAUACAAUCUAAUAGGUUGUAAACUUACACAAGGGAUAUACCGAACCGAUGCUGAUGGGAUAAAGAUAAUAGACGGAGCAUGCGUUGCUGUUCAUUCAGGUGGUUCAAGUACAGGAGUCAAAGUAUCAGCAACAUGCUCCAGUAACAACGUGGACUUUUCCUCUUUUGUUUAUAAAUCAGUCAGUAGAGGAGAAGCGUCUACUCUGACCUGCCCUGAUGACAAUUACAAAAUGACAUCCUGUGUCUACAUAGUUGCUUGGGCGCUAGGCGCGAUUAAACCGAACGAAGUGAAUGAUGAUUCUUCGAUAACCGUAACUGCAGAGAAACAGUGUGUUAUAUCUUACUGCACGUCCGGCAAAUGUCAAACCUAUGGAAUUUGUGUUCGAAAUGACGAUUGUGUUGAGGGCCAGUUUCUGGAUCAGACAACCGGCUGUACAGACUGUCCGGCAGAUGAAUGGAGUGCAGCAGCAAACUCAGAUCCUACCUGCACUGCCUGUCCAACUGGAAAAGGGGUAGCCUCUGGAGCAGGAACACAAGAAAGUGACUGCACUUGGAACGAUUGUGUUGAGGGCCAGUUUCUGGAUCAGACAACCGGCUGUACAGACUGUCCGGCAGAUGAAUGGAGUGCAGCAGCAAACUCAGAUCCUACCUGCACUGCCUGUCCAACUGGAAAAGGGGUAGCCUCUGGAGCAGGAACACAAGAAAGUGACUGCACUUGGAACGAUUGUGUUGAGGGCCAGUUUCUGGAUCAGACAACCGGCUGUACAGACUGUCCGGCAGAUGAAUGGAGUGCAGCAGCAAACUCAGAUCCUACCUGCACUGCCUGUCCAACUGGAAAAGGGGUAGCCUCUGGAGCAGGAACACAAGAAAGUGACUGCACUUGGAACGAUUGUGUUGAGGGCCAGUUUCUGGAUCAGACAACCGGCUGUACAGACUGUCCGGCAGAUGAAUGGAGUGCAGCAGCAAACUCAGAUCCUACCUGCACUGCCUGUCCAACUGGAAAAGGGGUAGCCUCUGGAGCAGGAACACAAGAAAGUGACUGCACUUGGAACGAUUGUGUUGAGGGCCAGUUUCUGGAUCAGACAACCGGCUGUACAGACUGUCCGGCAGAUGAAUGGAGUGCAGCAGCAAACUCAGAUCCUACCUGCACUGCCUGUCCAACUGGAAAAGGGGUAGCCUCUGGAGCAGGAACACAAGAAAGUGACUGCACUUGGAAAGAAGAUGAACAGGGAGACAACCAAAACUACUCUGAUGCAGCAGCCCUGAAAGUCAGCUUAAAUUUCCUCGUCGUUCUCCUGUUUGCUGUUAAUAAGAACAUCUAAACUUGUUGUGGGCUUGAAUGGUUCUACGGUACAAAACACUAUCUUAACAUGGUGUUUUAUCGGGAUGUGAUAGAAAAAGAAAAAAAAAUUCGACUUUUGAUAUUUGAAAUUUUAAUAUUUUAGACAACUUUAAAUGUUUUAAUAAAAAUUAAUAAAAGAAAGAGACUGCGAUUCAGUGAUUAUU